UGCAUCUGCUGUGAGGCUGCAGCUAACUCCAUCUGCAUUUCUAACAUUUCUAAAGGAAACCUGACUACAAACAGUGGCAUCAUGUCAUUUCAGGAUUGUUUCUACAGAAGAGAAGAUUUUUUUCCUGUCUUCUGGUGUUGCAAAGUGGGAUUACCUUUCAUAAAGAUAAUUCCAUGUGUGCAACAGAGCGGUUGGCUACAAGAAAACUAACUGAAGCAGAAAAUUGAGCUCCUCUGAGAUUCAGGGUUAGAUGACUGUCAGCUAAUAAACAAGACAACCAGAACUUACAUUUUUAGUUCAUUAUUGGCACAAGGAGGACAAGCGGAAAUAUCUCUAAUAAUAGCCGGACAAGCUCAACCCUCAUCAGGGGUUGCCUUCAGGAUAGGAAACAUGUCAGACACUGACUUCAAGAGACUUGAGCUCUUUAGCAGCAUGCUGAAUGGUUGCAGAGAAGGCCCACCCUGUAACAACUCCCACCUGUUCUUCUACAACACCAGCACUGAUGGUGGGCUGGAGAUUCUAGAUGAUGAAGCCCUUUGGCUAAGAAUAGUCAUCUCUGUGGUGUACUUUAUCGUGGCUACAGCGGGAGUGUUGGGGAACUUGUUAGUGAUGUUCCUACUGUAUUCUACUCACACCAUCACCACAGGCAUCAUCAAUUUCUUUGUCUUUAACUUAGCUUUAGCUCACUUGCUCUUCUCCCUGGCCUUGCCGUUUUGGGCUGUAGACAUUGCACUGGACUACAACUGGCCCUUUGGCUUGGCCACAUGUAAGGCUGUGUCCUUACUCACUGGGCUCAAUGUCUUUGCUAGCUGUUUUUUCCUGACAGCUAUGAGUUUGACCCGGUACUGCUAUGUGGCCACUGCUCUCAAACCCAGGCCAUCCCUCUGCAGUAGAUUUUGCACCUCUCCGGUCGCCACAGCUUUCAUCUGGGCUGCAGCGCUUGUAGCAGCAACACCCCGAGCUGUGUUUGCUGACCUGAGACGUGUGGGCAGUGGCAAUGACACAGCAUGCCUGCUCCGUUUCCCAGAUGGUACAGCAUGGCUUGGAAUAAACCAGCUCCUGCGUGUGGUGCUGGGAUUUUUGCUGCCCUACACCAUCAUCACCCUCUCCUACCUGCUUCUGCUGCGCUUCCUCUGCCGGCAUAAACUGAGGGGCAGCAACUCUUGGCGAAAGGCUGAUAUUUCUAAGUCUGUGGCGGUGGUUGUGCUGUCAUUCUGCACCUGUUGGUUCCCAUACAACAUCCUCACACUUUGGAGUGUCCUGAUCCAACUUGACAUAGUUGAUAUCAGCCGCUCAUUCUACUUUGCUCAAACAUAUUUUUUCCCUCUGGCCAACUGCUUGGCCUUCACCAGCAGCUGCUUCAACCCGGUCAUCUACUGCCUGGUGAGAAAAGAAUACCGCGUGGCGCUCCAUAAUGUGCUCUUCAAGUUGAGCCUGGCUAUUAUGUCCAAGAUGCCCUAUGCUAUUAAUUCUGAGGAGGGAUCGGGACAGGCUGUACAGCUGGCUGUUCCACUCAAUACUGUGUUUAGUCAGACAAGCCACUCUGACACAAGGAAAUAUGUACCGCUGACAACACUUCCAACAGUAGUGUCCACCCUGUGAAGCCACAACACAAUUACUGUAUUCUUUAUACCUAUCCUUUAGUUUUAUGUUAUGUCAUGCAUUAUUUUGAGAGUUCUGAUUGUGUCUUUUGCUCUAAGAAUGCACAACAUGUAUACAUCAGGUCUGUUGUUAAAGCUGCAUCUUAAACAAGCUUUUGUGGGUCUUAUCUUUCACAGUCUUAGCUGUGAAUGGGCUGCAUGACUUGGGUCUUAUUCAGUAAAGGCAUAAAUCCAAGUUUCAACUUAAUUCUUUCACUUAUUCACGACAUAUUUGGU